AGCGCCACCUUGUGGUGACAUGACGUCCAACCCGGAAGCGUGUUUGUUGUCCCACAUCCUAGUGACUGACAGCACAUCCUACUAUCAGUGCUAUUUUUGCAUUAUCUCUCGGUGCGCCGCUUAAAUAAUAUGGGACAGGUGUCAGACGAAAUGGUUUUGAGAAAUAACGUUAGAUAGAAAAGAGCUGACGGAGCACCAGGACCUCAGGUUUGACCUCAGCUGGGUGCCACUAUGUUGGUGACAGCAUAUCUCGCCAUAGUUUUCCUGCUGGCCCUGUGUGUUGGCCUUGAGCUCACGGCACGCCGCCUCACCCCACCUCAGCCUGCCCCCACUGCUGUGGCCAACCCAGCCUUCCGUCGCUUUCAGACUCUGUUCCUGCGGGCAUACCUUCUGGCCCUGUGGGCAGACUGGCUCCAGGGCCCCUACCUCUACAAACUCUACCGCCACUACAGCUUCCUGGAAUCCCAAAUAGCUAUCUUGUAUGUGUGUGGCCUGGCCUCCUGUGUUCUGUUUACUCCCAUUGCAGGCUGGCUCCCUCAAGCCCUGGGCCGCAGACAGACGUGCCUGCUCUUCUGCCUGGCCUACUCAGCCUGCUGCCUCACCAAGCUGUCCAGAGACUACUUUGUGUUGAUCACAGGUCGUGUCCUGGGCGGUCUGUCCACAUCCCUGCUGUCCACCACAUUUGAGUCCUGGUAUGUUCACCGUCAUGUAGACGUCCAUGAUUUCCCCAAGGAGUGGAUCCCCAGCACCUUCACCAAGGCUGCUACUUGGAACCACGGGCUGGCAGUGGCAGCAGGGUUUGUGGCUAACAUGCUGGCUGAGUGGCUCUACCUGGGACCAGUGGCCCCCUUCCUCCUAGCCGUGCCCUGCUUGGGUGUCUGUGGCUGGCUGGUGCUGACAGACUGGGGCAGAGAGGAGGCUGAGGGAAGUCUGGAGGGAGACAGACAAACACCGCUCCUAGGCGCUUCAAAUGCACCGCUGGCUCGUAUGUCUGCCAGGGCCCGCUUCUGGCGCUGCUUUCAGGAUGGACUGCGCUGCCUGCUGACAGACAGGAGAGUCAUGCUCCUGGGUGGAGUGCAGGCUCUGUUUGAAAGUGUCCUCUAUAUCUUUGUCUUCCUGUGGACUCCAGUGCUGGACCCUCAUGGACCUCCUCUGGGAAUAGUGUUUUCUUGUCUCAUGGCCGCAAGCAUGGCUGGUUCAUUGCUCUACCGCCUCGCCACUUCCUCUCGCUACCGUCUGCAGCCGGGUCACCUGCUCUGCCUGGCUGUUCUGAUGGCCUUCUUCUCCUUUUUCAUGCUGACCUUCUCUACUGCCCCAGGCCAGCCUAGACCUCACGAAUCCUUCCUGGCCUUCCUGCUCCUGGAGUUGGCAUGCGGUUUAUACUUCCCUGCAGUCAGCUUUCUCCAAGGCAGAGUGAUCCCAGAGGAGAAGCGAGCCGGGGUGUUGGCCUGGUUCCGGCUACCUCUGCACCUGCUGGCCUGCCUAGGACUGCUGGCGCUCCAUGGGGAGGUGUCAGGGACAGGUGGAGGGGAGGGAGGCAGCGGCACCCGCCACAUGUUUGGGGGCUGUGCUGUCAUGAUGCUUGCAGCUCUCUUGGCUGUGGUGAGUCUUUUCACCCUGGGCAGAAAUGACACAGACCUGAGACUGGAGGGCACCAGAGGGGAGGGAGACAUGUAAUGAACAGCAGGUGGACCAGAUAUCCAGGAUCUAAAGAAUUGGCUUGAAGUGUAUUAUUUAUGUUUUGUAUGACUGAAAGCAGUAGUGAAAAAAGUUCUUGUGUGCACCUGAACAACAGGUGCUAGGACAACAACAGUAACUUGCAAAAAAAAAAAAAAAAAAAAAGUUUAUCUCCAGCACACCAUCUGCACUACAAAGCAUCUUUUAUUUAAGCAACAAUUCAGGACAGAGAGAGAGUGAUGCCUGAGGAACGUCUUUGUACUGAAACUUAGAAUAAAAGAAAAUAAAAGACAUCUUGCAGUGCAGACUGUGCUGGAGUGAAUUUUUUUUUUUUACCGCAUAAAACUAAAAGCGUUUCAUGUGUUCAAGAAAAUCAUCAGAUAAGGUUUUGCCAAAUGGAGCUGUUAAAGAAAUCCUUGUCCGUAAGGGGUGCUUGGGUAGAGUAUAGUUUGAUUCACUUUGAAGUUUUACAUUUAUUUUCUCAGCUGGUUGCUCUUAACAUUGGUUUAUGUCUUUGGGGAGAUACUUUUUCUUUGUUACAAUGAACUUUUACUCAUCUGAAUCCCGUCUACCUGCCUAAUGACGCUACAGGAGAUAGUGUCAUAAAUACCUGGGAACAUAGCCAUAUCUAACUUGGUUUGUAAUGUGCAGUGCCGGAGACUUUUGUCAGCCGUGUCAAAGUAAGCCCCUGUCAUUUGGUUUACUACUUAAGAUGCAGCCUAGUAUAUGUGCCAACCUACAGAUGGGAAGAUGUUAAUGUGGCUGAAUGGAAAUAGUCCGUUUCUCCAGUGACCAGUGAUGCUGAAGUUUCAUCACAGGAAACAGACUUGGAAAAAAAGGGGCUAACAGAGAGCUGAGUCAGUGGCCAAAGAAAUAAGGUUAUGAAUGGCAUUUGGACCAGUUUGUGAAUGUCAGUUCUUGCACAACACUUUCUUCUAAGUUAAGGUUGUUUCUUCAAUAUCUGCAUUUUUUUUUUCUUGAAAAGAGCAAAGCAGGGCAUUUUCAUUCUGAAUGCAUAUUGAUCUCUCUGUUUCUUUCUAUAUUUUCUUCAGUUUUUGUCUUGAAAUUUCAUGAGCCCUUCUGGCGUCUGAUAAAAUUAUACAUAUUGUACAUAUGGAAUAAACAUUUCUUUUCUAUUA